AAUUUUGGCUCAGUGCACAUCGAAUGAGUUUCAAUAGGGUAGCUCGUGUGCCACAUCCUCGAACGGCACACGUACUUUGUUUAACUCAUCAAAGUGUUUUGAUUAAGUUUUAACGGACGUUUUAUUACUUCCAUCUGAAGAUUAUUUCCAAUUGUUGCUAGUGUCGAAGUCUGAGUUUACUUUCCUUUUUUUGACGAAGUUACAUUAAAUGUGCGUAUCAUCACGUAUCAGGGCUUCGCUGUUGCUUAAAACACUGGAUGGUAUUCAACAGGGAUAGAAUAUUUUCUCUGGUUGGAUAAAAUCGUUGUUAUAGACCUCGCUCACCCAAGUUUCCCCGUGAAUCCAAAAACCAAACCUGAACGUCAACUGUGUGUCUCUCCUCACCUCCAUUCCUUAACCGACACAAUGAAAUCACUUUUAGUGGUGCUGCCACUAUUCCUGCUAUCGGUCCAAGGUGUGACGUCACAAUACCUCGGCGAAACUGAUGAGCGCGCAGCUAUACCUCCUCAUGAGGACCCCGGUCACAACACACACCAGGAAGCGGUCAUUUACGCCUGCUUAGCUGUCGUCGUCGUCCUCGCCGUCCUCUGCACUCUCAUCCUCUGGUUCGUAGUUGAGCGUAACAAGAGUGACAUUCGACGCUUGGACAAGAUCAUCCCCGAGAUCGCGGAGAGAAUGAGGAAGGAGACGAUUACGGCGAACGGGGAGCUGAUGUCGGGUACAUUGACUGCUUCGCACGAAUUUGAGACUGAGUUUCUGACGAAUGAGGAGGUGCAGUUGACAUCGUAUAGGAGGCGGAACGAGGGAGAAACGGCAGCAGACGAUACCGCUCCGCCACCCGAAACGGCUAAUGGUGACGUAACACGUGACCGCAGUGAAGACCCUACAGAGACGGAUCGCGAAGCGGUAAGGACCGACGCGGUAAAUGAUGAUUAUCAAGACGAUGUCAGAAGACACAGUCAACGUCAAGAAAGAAGCGAACGUCACAGCAAUCGGCAUGAUGAACGAAACCGCAGUGGAAGUCCCGAGAGGCGUGCGCAUCACAACUCCUACGAGAGGCGCUCGCAUGACCGUUAUUCCACGCCCCACGAUUACGCCGUCGUCGCUCGUCGUCAAAACCACGCCCGUCCACCGCCACCGUCAUACCGCCACACAUACGAUGGUACGUAUGACAAUCCAGUCAUGUCGCUGCAGGAUGAACAGGAUUUUCGACGCCCGCGAAGAAACGGCCCACUGCCGACGCCUGCACCGAAACCAGCAAAGCGUACUGUGCGUCCGUCGUCGGCUUAUGUGACCCCCGGAAGUGAAUACCCAGAAGAAACACCCAGGCCAGUAUCGAUAAUAGGCAUUAUGGGGGAAGAAGAUGGCAGAAGACCAACUCGGCAUGGGCACGGGCGUAGAUAUAAAUCAUUACUGUAUGAGAGCCACGUUUGAUUUAUGAAGCAUGAUAUGUCCCUAUGCAAUUAGACACUUUUAUUUUCCAUGUUUUAAUUGUCAGAAAUCAUAAAAAUGACUGAAUGAUGCAUUAUCUGUUAGGCCUAUAUCUGUAUCUAUUAUAGCAUAAUCAGAAUAUAGAACAUUAUUGCUCAACUCAAGUUUAUAUACAGAGUAAAGUCGUAUUAUAAAGAAUGGACCAUUUUUUUAUUUUCCGACGCUACUUCUGAGACACAGUUUUGAGCAAAAUACUGUUGCACAUAUACGCGAACGGUUUAUGUCAACUUUUGUAGGGGGUU